AUGGAUAAGAAGAACGGUAAAUCAUGCUUGGUAUGUAGAAGGCGCAAAGUAAGGUGUGAUAGAGCAAAACCUGUGUGCCUGGUCUGUGUAAAGCAUGGAUCAAACAUGGAAUGUAAUUAUGAAGUGCAAAAACGGGAGGUAAAGUUUGUUUCUAUGAAAACGCCCGAUGUCUCCAACCCUAGAAUGAAGAAACAGAAAUCAUUCAAGUAUUCCAUACCUUUCUCCGGAAGCACAACGGUGGUAAAGGAGCUCGACGUAUUGAAACAAAGAAUACAUUCGUUAGAAUCCCUUCUGAGCAAACGUAAUGUUUCAUCGACAAGUGAUAACAUGAAUUAUUCACCAUAUGUGAAAAUUGAACGAAAUGCUCAUUUUGGCAGCAACAAUGUCGUACCCUUGGAUUUGAGCAAUUAUGAGGAUUUCAACUUUUACCAUAACUUGGAAACAGUUGAUGUGAAAGGCGGCCGUUUAUCAUUCACCGGUGCUUUGAAUUACAUUUCCAUUUCAAAAGUGGAUCCAUAUUUAAUGACUAUAACCACCUUGGUACGAAAGGCCCAUAAUGAUAGGAGUAACCAAUUUAUAAGGCGGGUACAGAACCGCAAGUAUUCAAAUCUUGAAUAUAUUCCAGCACUUGCAAAAGAAGUUUUCGUGGCGAACAGAAAUGAAACUGAUACGGCCGUAAAUUUAUUGGUUGAAAUAUACAACGAUGAGUGCUCAACUAGCAACAUAACAGAAAAAGACGACAGUGCUAAUGUAACAGAUGAUGAAAACAAUGAUGUAGAAGGAGUAAGAGACACUGUUAAAGACUCUACUUCGGAGUUUGAGGUUGGUAAUCAAGCACAAAGAGCAAAAUUUGCUCGAAAGUACCUUGAAGAUGAGAAUUUGGAUGGCAUUUUAACAAACGAGAAAGGAUCAAACAGACCUUCUCUAGCAGAAAUUAUCAAUACAAGUGCUAUAAUUAAGUCAAACGAAGAUUCCCCAAAGUCAAGAACAAGUUCUGGAUCCAAAAUCUCAAAAAAUCACAAUGGCUACUUUGAGGCAACUCAAUGCGAUAACAACGUAAGGCAAACAAGAGAGCAGUCGCUGACUGAUAAAACACAAUCGAAAAGCGAGAACACCCCUGCCUCUCUUGACGAAGAAACAGAAAUUUUGAACUAUAUAAGGAUGCUACUACCUCCCGCGAAGCUCAUAUGGAUACAUCUCGAUAAUUAUUUCAGCUCUCCUUUACAUGCAUUGUAUCCAUUCUCAACGGAGGAUUGGUUCAAGGAUAUGAUAGCGGGAAUUCUCGGAGGUCGUUCCGAGUCAGAGAAACCCCCACCUUUGAAAAUAGAAAAGAAAUUGGACUUUGCAAAGCUUGCAACGUUUUUCGUCAUUAUGCGCCUAUCCUACUUGAUGUUCCCAGCAGAUUUAGAACAUUGCUCUACCGAAGAAGAAAAAUAUGUUGUUAGUCAUGAGAUUGGAACUGUUUAUAUUGAUGUCGCCAAUUUAUGCAUGCGUAUGUUUAACCUUUGGAGAAGAGGUGUGUUGCCAGUCCUUCAUUGUUUGCUAUUGUUGAGAGUGUAUCGCAGAUAUGCACCUGAAGAGGGAGAUAUUGCGGAUGGUGCUGACUCUAGCACAUUUACAGGUUCAUUAGUUCAGAUUGCUCAAUCUCUUGGAAUAAAUACAGAUGCUGAAGCAUCGUACCAGCUAACCAAUUUUGAGAUUUAUUUACAUUCUUGGAGAAAGGCCUGGUACACUAUAUAUUUCAUGGAUGUUUCUGAGGCAAUGAAUAUGGGGAAUUGCUUCACUAUUGACGUAGACCAAUUCAACACCAAACUUCCUCAUAUCAAACGAGAAGAAGAUGGGAGCAUCCCGGAAUUUUUCCUAAAUCCUACCCAUGAGGUGGCCAGUGUUGACUGCUAUAGGAAAAACUUUGAAUUUUCUUUACAUGUGAGGAAACUUUUAAAGGUUGUCAUGAACAAAAGAAACAGAUCCCCUUGCAAUACCAUAAUGGAUAGAAUUGCAAAAGUGGAGAAUAACUUGAAGAUAAACUAUUCCGAGGAUUUGUCAUAUAUGAUUUCUUCGGGCGUGGAAGGUUCACAGCUAUGCAUUGAAAAAUGCAAUAACUUUCGCAUGUAUGUGAAUACACAAUCGAUGUUGCUUAUAAUAAAGCUACGACUGUUCAUUCAUCUGGAUAGUCAUCAUGCUGAACUAAAGGUGAAUAAUUUCCACGAACCUUUCCAAUUGCUCAAAAUGUGUCUUUCUCUUUACGUCGAGCUUGAGCCGCUGUUGAUUCUUUUGCAUUUUCACAAUCAAAAUGAUGAGAAUGAUAUUUCCUACAUUGAAAAGAUCUUUGGACCGAAAUCUAAGAUAAUAAUAUUACAGGCAUGUAAUCACAUAUUUGUUAGGUGCCAAACCGUAUUGCAUAUAUUGCUUUCCAGACUUAUUCAUCUUUACCAUGGAUAUCUCAAAAACCCGGAUCCUGUAUAUGGAAGUUCUAAGCACUUCUUUCAAAUAAAAGAACUAGUGACCAAAAUUAUAGAAAAUGCUUUGGAUAAAUUACAUUUCGCCAAUAGUGUAACGCAAUCUUUGAGUGGAAGACAAUUUCAAGCUUGGAGACUCUCCAAGGGUAAUCGAUUCCUCUACUCACUUUUCAAAGAUGAAAAGAAUAAUAUAUUCGAUCCACACUCCCCUAUAAACACCGCGUUCCAAAAUUUGGGCAUACAAAGAGAUAACUUGGGCGUUCCAUUAUUAAUUGAUAAUUUAAAUCCAGCCAAGAAAUUGCCAAAGUAUAAUAACUUCUUGCUGCUGGAUCUUUCACAGUUUGAAGAACUCUAUUCUAUCAUGAACUCUACUAGAUGGUCUAUCUUCUCUGGCAUAUUCAAUGAAGACAAACUAAAAGAAGCUUUGAACUUUCGCAUUAGCGAGCACAAACAAUCAAUCUCGACCAAAACAGAAAAACGGAGAAAACGGAGUAGCUCAACGUCAAACCCCACGCCGGCUCCACCAUGUAAAGAGGUUCUAGAUUCAGUGAGUUUAUCUAGUAAGUCAUCAGACGGUAAUGAUGGGACUGGGCUCAACUUGCCCCAGUUGAAAGUCAAUGAGGUUGACACUCACUGGUUUAAUGCGAUUCUUCGAAACAACAACACACAUUCGAGCUGGAACCGCGAUGAUUUUGAUAAUCAUGCUGUUCCACCUGGCUCAAUUACGACACAAUCGCCGCUUGUAAUAGAGGCCGAUGGCUUACUCUCUGAUUUGGCAAAGGCUCCAAAUAUCAGCCUAGAUGAGAUGUUUUUGAACCCAUCUUUCCAACAAGAGAGUCUUAUUCAGCAGUUGCAAAACUUAUCAGAAAGACAAAAUAGUGGCAUGAUGUUGCCCAAUUCUACCAACAAUUUGGGUGGCUCGAUAACCGGGGCACCGUUCUCUAAUGAUCAUUUAAAAAAUCCACCAAAAACGAACUUCAAUUCUAUAAUCGAUUCUACGGACUUAGAUUAUUUACUUUUUAACGGAGAUAUAUAA